CUUUGGCAGUACAGCUGGACCGCGAAGGGGGCGUGCCGCUGCAAACGACUGUUCGUCAGUGGGUUUUUAGUUAUCAUGGUCGACACGUUGUUAAAUUAAGUUUAAAAGCAAGAAGGAAAAAACUGUACUUGUUCAAACUAUAAUAGAGCAAACUGUGUCUGCCGUUUUGGUAACAAACCACGGGUUUCAAUGAAUUGCACCAGGGUUCUGCAGAUACUCAACCCCAGGCCAAUGCCAAGUCCAAUUAUGCCUGUGGAUGUGGCAAUGAGAAUUUGUCUGGCACAUUCGCCGCCUCUUCGCAGUUUCCUCAGUUCAUAUGAGGACUGCAAGUCCAGGAGCCUAGUCAACCAGUACAAACCUCUGAGAUCCUGCAUCAGCACCAAGACAGAUGUGGACACUGAUAACAUAGGAUGGAAGAGUCCCGAGACCAAAAACAAAAAGAAAGUGUUUUUUGCUGACUCCAAAGGCAUGUCUCUGACAGCAGUCUAUGUAUUCAAGGAAUUCGAGGAAGACCCCAUGUUAGACCUGCAGUUCGAAUUAUCAGACUUGGAGGACGCCAUUGUGGGCCUGAAAGCGGAGAAGGAGAAGAAUUUGAUUUUGGAUUUCCCUCAGCCUGCUGCAGACUAUUUGGACUUUCAGAACCGUCUAAAGAAGAGCCUGGUAUGCUUGGAAAACUGCAGAAUUCAAGAGAGAUCGCUCACCGGCACAGUCAAAGUGAGCAACGUAAGCUUUGAGAAAAUGGUCCAUAUGCGAAUAACAUUUGAUUCAUGGAAAAGCUACGCUGAUAUUCCUUGUACAUACAUGAAUAAUGUUUAUGGUUGUGAGGACGUUGACGCUUUCUCAUUUUUCAUCGACCUUCCAAGUUUUGUGCACCCACAAGAGCAGGUGGAGUUCUGCAUAUCCUACAAAACUCAUGAUACCACAUACUGGGACAAUAACAACGGGAAAAAUUACAAGCUGGUACAUGCAGAGAACGACCCCAGCCAGACCAGUGUAACCCAACAGACGGCUACAGAUUUCAAGAAUCAAGGCAAACGGCCAGAGAUGGAAUAUGAUCAAUUUGGGAGCCCGAGAAUGUCUAGUGGAUUCUUCCCCGAGUGGCAGAGUUGGGGUCAUAUUGAGAACAACACCCCCUACUGGUGACAGUUCAAGACCCCUGAUGAACUUGAAGUAAAUGUUGUAACAAGGACAAAUGCAAAUGGUUUCAGAAUUGACUUUUGAAAAGGGUAGAGUAGAAAGAGUAGAAAUUAGCAAUGAUAUCCUCAAAAGAAAACAAUUUUGGCCAUGUGUGGCCAUCUUUCAUACUGUCCAAAUUAAUUCAAUGUUGGUGUAUGAUUUUGAAAUACACAUUUAGUUUAAAAUGAGAAGUUUGGGCUGUAUGCAACUUUGAGACUAACCAUGUUAACCGUAUGGCAGUUACUCAGAAUGAAAAAUGUUGGUUUAUGUAAUUUUCUAAUUUUCUAGCACACUACGUACACUAUUUUGUAGAUCUGACAUGGGGUAAACCAAUAAUUUUCAUAACAUAGAUGCCUUCCUUUGUGUUAUUCUGUAAUUAACUGUUAUACAAAGGCAUUGUUUUGGAUAUCUUUCCAAAUGUCCUUGAAUGAAGCGAACAACUAGCAUUUGCUCUGAAAUAGAUUCUACAACAUACUAUUUUCUGCAACAUAUUACCUUGAAGGGUAAUAAUUUUGUUACUCUAUCUAAAGUCACUGAAUAUUGGGAAUCCUGCUUUUGAAAUGUGACUGGACGUUAAUAAUUUAAGUCAUCUUUAAAAGGAUAGUUGAACCAAAAAUGAAAGUUCUGUAAUUUAUUCAACCUCCAAACAUGUAUGCAUUUCCGUUAUUUUAACACAAUAGAAGAUAUUGAAUAAAAUGUAUCAGUGUUUUUU